AUGGUUGAAAUGAAGGCUUUGAAUGAGAGUUACGAAAAAAGUAAUUCCACAGGGUCCUCAAAAUUGUGGAGAUUUCGACAAAACUUGAACCUUCGAAGUAACAGUGACCAUAAGGAUGCUUUUGUUUUAUUGAAUCCUUCAAUGCCAUCAACAACCAACAAGCAAAAGGUAGAAAACAUUGUUGUCAAAAAGAGAAAGGAAGAUAUAAAUAAAUCUACAUUAUCGGCUUACGAGAAGUUUUAUGUCAUGAACAAAAUGAAGAAAAAUAGCAACAAACGAAGAUCGUUUUUGCCUUACAAGCACCAUUUACUUGGGAUCUUUACCAACAUGAAUGGAUUGAGUAGGAACCUACACCCCUUUUGA